UUCCCAAGCAGCGCAGACAGCCGGGGGGAAGCACAGGGAGGGAGUCACGGGCAGGACUACUACUCCUGAGGAUCCAGGAAAGUGUGUGAGGAGGAGGAGGAGGAUGAGGAGAGUGCGCCGUGUGAGCAGUGAGCGCGCUGUCUGCUGCUAGGUGCGGGCUCUGCAUGGCAAGGAUUCGCCCUCUUCCCCUUCUGGUCAAGGCGGCUUCUUCCUGAUCUGGACCUAUAUAAAGGUGGAUGUGAGGCAAGCUUCUGCUGUCAGCGCUGCGGCACACACCCUGGACGAGGACAAGAUUGCUAGGCGUUUGGAAGUUUGCCACAUUUAGCCAUUAUCAUGUUGGGAACAAGGAAAAUAUCGAUCUUCUCUCCUGGAUUUUAUCUACUUGUUUUUGUGCCUCUGUUGUGCCAUGUGGGAACUAUAUAUGGUCAAACCACCCCUUCUCCUGAAAAUUACACUAAAGAUCCUUGCACUGGUACCUAUUAUUGUAAAGAAGGGGUCAUUUUACCUAUCUGGGAGCCACAGAACCCAUCCUAUGGUGAUAAAAUUGCAAGAGCUACGGUCUAUUUUGUGGCUAUGGUCUACAUGUUCCUAGGUGUAUCGAUCAUAGCUGAUCGUUUCAUGUCCUCCAUUGAAGUAAUCACAUCUCAAGAGAAAGAGAUAACUAUCAAGAAACCAAAUGGUGAAACUACAAAGACAACAGUGAGGAUAUGGAAUGAGACUGUGUCCAACUUGACCCUUAUGGCUCUUGGUUCGUCUGCUCCUGAAAUUCUUCUUUCUGUGAUUGAAGUAUGCGGCCACAACUUUCAGGCUGGAGACCUUGGUCCCAGCACAAUUGUGGGCAGUGCUGCUUUCAAUAUGUUCAUCAUUAUUGCUCUUUGCGUCUAUGUGGUACCUGAUGGAGAAGUCAGGAGGAUUAAGCAUCUUCGAGUCUUCUUUGUCACCGCAGCCUGGAGCAUAUUUGCCUACACUUGGCUGUAUAUGAUCUUGUCUGUUAUUUCACCUGGUAUUGUAGAAGUCUGGGAAGGUUUACUCACUUUUUUCUUCUUUCCUAUCUGUGUUUUGUUUGCCUGGGUCGCAGACAGAAGGUUGCUGUUUUACAAAUAUGUCUAUAAGAGAUACCGGGCUGGAAAGCAGAGGGGAAUGAUCAUUGAAACAGAAGGAGAUAGACCAUCCUCCAAAGGUGAUAUUGAGAUGGAUGGUAAGGCUCUGAACUCUCACACAGAAAACUUUAUUGAUGGCUCUUUAAAUCUUCAAAUUGAUGAAAAGGACCAAGAUGAUGAGGAAGCAAGAAGAGAAAUGGCUCGGAUUUUGAAGGAACUGAAACAAAAACACCCUGAGAAAGAAAUGGAGCAGUUGAUUGAGCUGGCUAACUAUCAAGUUUUAAGCCAGCAGCAAAAAAGCAGAGCAUUUUACCGCAUCCAAGCUACACGUUUGAUGACUGGUGCUGGCAAUAUUUUAAAAAGGCAUGCAGCAGAUCAAGCAAGGAAAGCUGUCAGUAUGCAUGAGGUUAAUAAUGACAUUGUAGAAAAUGAUCCAGUCAGCAAGAUUUACUUUGAGCAAGCAACUUACCAGUGCCUAGAGAACUGUGGAACAGUGGCACUAACAAUUGUUCGCCGGGGCGGUGAUUUAACCAACACAGUGUUCGUGGACUUCAGAACAGAAGAUGGCACAGCAAAUGCUGGAUCUGAUUAUGAAUUUACAGAAGGAAUGGUUGUGUUCAAGCCCGGUGAGACACAAAAAGAGAUUAAGGUUGGCAUUAUUGAUGACGACAUCUUUGAAGAAGAUGAAAACUUUCUGGUCCAUCUUAGCAACAUACGAGUUAACUCUGAAACCACAGACGUAAAUUUCGAGUCCAAUCACGUAACAUCACUUGCAUGUCUUGGAUCACCCUCAACAACAACAGUUACCAUCUUUGAUGAUGAUCAUGCUGGUAUCUUUACCUUUGAGGAGCCAAAUACCCAUGUAAGUGAGAGUGUUGGCAUCAUGGAAGUGAAAGUUCUGAGAACCUCUGGAGCUCGAGGAACUGUAAUUGUUCCCUACAAAACUGUUGAGGGCACAGCAAGAGGUGGUGGCGAAGACUUUGAAGAUACAUGUGGACGACUGGAGUUCCAAAAUGAUGAGAUUGUCAAAACCAUAUCAGUGAAAGUAAUUGAUGAUGAGGAAUAUGAGAAAAACAAGACCUUCUUCCUUGAGAUUGGGGAGCCUCGUCUGAUGGAGAUGAGUGAGAAGAAAGCCCUGUUAUUGAAUGAGCUUGGUGACUUUACCAUUACAGGGAAAGUGCUGUUUGGUAAAGCGGUCUACAGGAGGGUUCAAUCUAGAGACCAUCCUAUGCCAUCGUCAGUAAUCACCUUUACAGAAGAAGAUGAGGUUAAACAGCCACUCACUAGUAAAGAAGAGGAGGAGCGACGUAUAGCUGAAAUGGGCCGACCUGUGCUGGGAGAACACACAAAACUUGAAAUAAUUAUUGAAGAAUCAUACGAGUUCAAGAGCACUGUGGACAAACUGAUUAAGAAGACAAAUCUUGCUCUGGUGGUCGGAACGAACAGCUGGAGAGAGCAGUUCAUUGAGGCCAUUACAGUCAGUGCUGGGGAUGAUGAUGAUGAUGACGAAUGUGGAGAAGAAAAACUGCCAUCUUGCUUCGACUAUGUGAUGCAUUUUCUGACCGUCUUCUGGAAAGUUCUGUUCGCCUUUGUCCCUCCAACGGAGUACUGGAAUGGUUGGGCCUGUUUUAUUGUGUCCAUUUCAAUGAUUGGUCUCCUCACAGCAUUCAUUGGAGAUUUAGCUUCGCAUUUUGGUUGUACUAUCGGCUUGAAGGAUUCUGUUACUGCAGUCGUUUUUGUGGCUCUGGGAACAUCGGUACCUGAUACUUUUGCAAGCAAAGUGGCAGCUAUCCAGGAUCAAUAUGCUGAUGCCUCCAUAGGUAAUGUCACCGGUAGCAACGCUGUGAAUGUUUUCCUGGGGAUUGGCGUGGCAUGGUCCAUUGCUGCCAUUUACCAUACAGCUCGUGGAGAGGUGUUUAGAGUCAAUCCUGGCACGCUGGCUUUCUCCGUCACUCUUUUCACCAUAUUUGCAUUCAUAAACGUUGGUGUCCUGCUCUACAGACGACGGCCUGAAAUUGGUGGUGAGCUGGGUGGGCCGCGGACUGCCAAGCUUCUUACAUCGGCCCUCUUUUCUCUCCUGUGGCUCUUGUACAUUUUCUUCUCAUCUCUGGAAGCCUAUUGCCACAUACAAGGCUUCUAAAUAAACACUCCAAGAUAGUAAAUAUAUAAAUAUAUAUAAAUAUAUGUAGAAUGAACAGAGGAAAAAAAAGAGACAUUGCCAUUUCCACUUACCUGCUGAUGGAAUGCGACUGUAAAAGCAUUCCUUUUAAUGGGUAGGAGCAAGAAUUUAAGGUUUCUUACCUGGGGGCAUCAUGUUGAACUAGGCAUUGAUGCAGGGACAUCUUUGCAACUGUACCUAAAACAGUGUACUAUAAAUGUUUGACUACUUUUAUUUUUGAAAUGACUAAUCUGAAUGCUACUUGGGCCUUUUUGUUAUAAUGUAAAGAUGCCGGAAUUACUAGUAACUAUUUUUCUGUUGAUGUUAUUGGGGAGAGAGAGGGGUGAAAGUCUGGAAGAGAAACCUUUCUGAUAUUCCAAUAGCCAUUGUCAAAAGUUAAUUGAACCAAGUGGCAAAUGGAGAAGUAGUAUGCCAGCAAGACGUUCAUGAGUUGAAAUUGAUUACUCUACAGUGUAUCUCAAGGGCAUUUGACUCUACCGUGCUCUGUUAGCUUCAUGUGUGGACCUGAAAUGGGUAAAUGAAUCCAACCAAACAAGAAGCCUUCUCCUCUCCAACUAACUGUUGCAUUGUAACUAGCAUGUGUUUCUCCCUGUUCUAAGUCACCAAACUACAACCAGUCUUUCCUGUUUGUGCUUUGCCUACAUAAAAUGACCCUAUUAGAAGCCCCUAUGCCGGUCUAGGCAAAUUGUCUGCUGUUGCUUAGACGACAUCCAGAGCCAUCCAUGCAAGAGUCUUCUGGGCACCUAUCCAACCAUAACCAUAGUCAUGUCUUGGAAUGUCUUUGUUCUUAUGUGUACUGUUGUGCAUGAAUGAAAAGUAUUUGUGUAUGCUAUAGCUUAGCGAUUUUCCCCAUUAACCAAUGUUGAUUGAAUGUGAAAGACAUGAAUGUGUUUUGUUUUAGUUUUUUUCCUCUCGUUACAUGUUUGGUUUUUUUUUUUGUAAGUUUUUCGGUGGUUGCUUUGUGUAUUGAGUAAUAGAGACAACCUCUGUAAAUUCAGCAUAGUUCUGUACAAAGUACAGUAUGGCAGCAUACAACUAAUGAAGGAUGUAAAAGCCUCUCUAUUUGCAUUGCCCAUUGAAAGGUUUAGUAUGGGUCUCAUUCAGAUAUUUAAAUACCAAAAAUGUGCCUAGGAAAUUAUAGAAUUAUUUAAGGAAGUAUUUAUUAGAAUUUAUAUAUUUUACAAUAACUAAUAGAGGCUGUGGAUCGCUACUAGUGGAUUACAUGUUAGACAUAUCACACAUUGCAUUAUUAUUAUAGCACAUUUUCCACAAUUAUUUUUGUUUUCAAAAAGCAGUGCCAUUUCCUUGUAGUUAAAACUGGAUUUUUUUUAAUAGAAUUUCUAAAGGGAAUGAAUGGGUCCGAAGCCUUAAGUAGCCAUCAUAAGUAUGCUUUGGUCUCAGCUUUCUUAUUAGAAAUAGGUGGUUUUCAGUAUCAGAUUUGUAAUAUCUGAUUUUAUAUAUAUAUAUAUAUAUAUAUAUAUAUAUAUAUAUAUAUAUCAUGCAGCUUAGAUACAACACUUUUAACUAUUUUGAAGUCCAGUUUGAAAGUGCAGCGAAAGUAUGAUUUUGUUGCCAAAAAUUGCAUUAUCAGAUUACUAGCACAAUGUUGAUAAGUCUGCAUUGGAUGUAUACCAAGGGAAGGUUUGCCAUAGAUAUAUUAUUGCAAGAAGUCUGUUGAGUCCCUGCCGUGCACUGUAACAAGCCAAAUAAUUAGCAUUAUGAAUCUGACCUUGGAGUGCUCCUGCGGUCGAAAAAACUACUACGCUUUACACAUAGACCAUGCCAUGCUUACCAUAUGAUGUACUGGUGACUAACUGCACCAAUCUGGACCUCUUUACAAAAACGGUAUCAUUAGUAGAUGCUUUAUAUGCUUUCAUCCUCCAUAGCUUAGCCUGAUUGUCAACAGCUAUGUUUGACCUACGUUAAUUAGAUGAUUGAUACAAAUAACUGCAAAAAUACAUAGAAGUUAUAUUUAGUGGUGCUUCAAGCUACAAUAUCAAGUUGUAACUUGAGACCAUAAUUCUAUGGAAAACUAGUAACUGGUAUCCGAAGCCCCAGAAAUAUCUUCUCAAAUUAAAAGAAUAAUGUCGAUUAAAAGCUGAUGGAAGUUUAUAUAAUUACUUUCUUUAUUGAAAACAGGAGCUUCUUCAGGAUCCAUUAGAGUAAUAAUAACUUGAGGCCAUUAUCACCUUUUGUCCUGGCAAAGGUGGAGAGUAAUACAGUACAUACUGAACACGUACAUGAAUGUACUGCACCUCAGAAAGCGGGUACUAGACAAUCAAUAGAUGCACUUUGGUAAUACAGAGCCACCCUCUUGCACCUUAAAGUGAUGUGUGAAUUUACUGGCAUUCAACCAAUGAAAUACCGACUCUGAAUGGAUCUUCCAGCCAAUCAUAAACCCUGUAGAUUGAUAGUAUCUUUGACAUUGUAAUUUCAAUGUCAUUUUUUUGUUACAGUGGCCCAGAAAAGGUCAUAUUGUACCCUGAGGCCAUUGUAAGGGCCUUUUGUACACGGGUCUAGGAUCGGGAUAGUUAUUUGGGAUGAACAGUCUUAUGAACGCUCAAUCGCGAUAAUUUUCCUAUGUAAAGGUGCCGUCGAUCCCUCGACGAACGAGCUUACACUCAGGAGCUGGCAUCUUUCAUGCCAGACCUAAAAUCAUUGUAUAAACAGGAAUGUACUGCCAACAAGUAAUGAACCUGUAUGAGAAUAGCGAAGCGAUCAUUCAUUCCCAUACAGAGGAGAUGAAUGAGCGGCACGAUUGGUUCUUUCCCAGGUGCUGCCCUAUCCAUCAGCCCAUGUAAAUAGGUCCUAAGAUUCAAAAUGAAUUGACUCCUUGGUAUGGUAAGACGCUUCUGCCACCUUUCAUCCCACUACUAACCACAAAGUUACAAUUUCCUCUGAAAAGUUUGAACACUACGUCAAAUGCAGCUUUAUGUGUCGACAGCGUAUCGACCAUUCUGCAAGAUUUCUGUAGCAAAUGGUACCUGUGUAAAAUCCCAUUUCUUUAGCAAAAAAAUUUGGAAUUCUAUCGUUGGCACAUUUUUACGCACAAUUUUUAGAACCAUGUAAUAAAUGAUUAAACGUUCUGUUUUUUAUUCAGCUGCAAAUAACUGCCUGAA